CUUCAAAUCACAACAUCAUCCCAACUCCUCUCUCUCAGUCUCUCCUUCUCUGCCCUCUCCCCUCAUCUCCCUCUCUAUCUCUGCAGCUCUAAACUUGCUCACUGUCUGCUGCCAUGGCCGUGGCAGAGCUAUCUACGUCGUACACCAAAACAAGUCUCCACUCUCGCCUGUCACUGUCAACCCGCCUCGCCGAUCACCGCCGUCUUGCUCUCCGCCCCCGCCUGCUUCCUCGGACCCAAACCGGAAGAGUCUACUGCUCUGUUGUGUCCAACCAAGUUCAAGCAGCAGCCCCUUUGCAGGCUGAAGAAGCCAAGAAGAAGCCCGAAUGCUACGGAGUCUUCUGUCUCACCUAUGAUCUCAAGGCUGAGGAUGAGACGAAAUCCUGGAAGAAAUUGAUAAACAUAGCAGUCUCAGGUGCUGCUGGGAUGAUUUCUAAUCAUUUACUUUUCAAACUUGCAUCUGGUGAAGUUUUUGGGCCAGAUCAACCUAUUGCAUUGAAACUUCUAGGCUCUGAGAGAUCAUUCCAAGCUCUGGAAGGAGUUGCCAUGGAGCUAGAGGAUUCGUUAUUUCCUUUGUUGAGGGAAGUUAGUAUUAGCAUAGAUCCUUAUGAUGUCUUCCAAGAUGUUGAAUGGGCACUUCUGAUAGGAGCAAAGCCUCGGGGUCCUGGAAUGGAACGAGCUGGCUUAUUAGACAUAAAUGGGCAAAUUUUUGCUAAACAGGGAAAAGCUCUUAAUGCAGUCGCAUCGCGCAAUGUCAAAGUAAUAGUAGUGGGCAAUCCCUGCAACACUAAUGCAUUGAUUUGCUUGAAAAAUGCUCCAAACAUACCAGCUAAGAAUUUUCACGCUUUGACUAGAUUAGAUGAGAAUAGAGCAAAGUGCCAGCUGGCCCUCAAGGCAGGUGUCUUCUAUGACAAAGUGUCGAAUGUGACUAUAUGGGGAAACCAUUCAACCACUCAGGUUCCAGACUUUUUGAAUGCUAGAAUCAAUGGCUUACCUGUCAAAGAGGUCAUUAAGGAUACCAAGUGGUUGGAGGAGGAGUUCACUGAAAAAGUCCAGAAGAGAGGUGGUGUGCUUAUUGAGAAGUGGGGAAGAUCUUCGGCUGCAUCAACUUCCGUCUCAAUUGUUGAUGCCAUUAGGUCCCUUGUGACUCCCACCCCUGAGGGUGAUUGGUUUUCUUCUGGAGUUUACACCGAUGGGAAUCCAUAUGGUAUAGCAGAGGGUCUUGUUUUCAGCAUGCCGUGCAGAUCAAAAGGAGAUGGAGAUUAUGAGCUUGUCAAGGACAUAAUAUUUGAUGACUAUCUUCAUGGACGAAUAGCCAAGACUGAAGCCGAAUUGCUUGCCGAGAAGAGGUGCGUGGCGCACCUCACCGGAGAGGGUGUUGCUGUGUGUGAUCUACCAGAAGACACAAUGCUUCCGGGGGAAAUGUAGAACUAAUCAAACAAAACCUACAUUGCUGAAGAAGAAAUCACCUGAGAAGGGUUCACAAAGAGCAAACAGGAUAUUAUCCAUUCAAGUUGUAUUGUUAUAUAUAUAUAUAUAUAUAUAUAUGCUGUAUAACUGGUAUAAUGCAAUAAACAGUAUAGGAGAAAGAAGUUUUGAACUUGCUAAGGUGCAAAAUGAUACUUGAUAGGCUCGGAGCUUUUAUGAUAACAAUUCCUUUGUUACCACUUCCACUUGGCUGAACAGAUUUGAACAUGCCAAAGUGCAAAUUGAUAUUUAAAAAGGCUUGAAGCUUUUAUGAUCAUAA